AUCACUACAGGCUACAAUUUAGAAGAUGACCGGUGUGAAUGUGUAGCGCUUCAAGAUUUCAAGGCUGGAGAACAGAUUUACAUUUUUUAUGGCACUCGGUCAAACGCUGAAUUUGUGAUCCACAGUGGUUUUUUCUUUGAUAAUAAUUCACAUGACAGAGUGAAAAUAAAGCUUGGCGUGAGUAAAAGUGACAGGCUGUAUGCUAUGAAGGCAGAGGUCUUAGCUCGUGCUGGUAUCCCAACUUCUAGUGUUUUUGCCUUGCACUCCACUGAGCCUCCAAUCUCUGCCCAGCUUUUGGCUUUCCUUCGAGUGUUCUGUAUGAGUGAAGAAGAGCUGAAGGAACACUUGAUAGGCGAGCAUGCCAUUGACAAAAUCUUCACUCUGGGGAACUCUGAGUUUCCCAUUAGCUGGGACAAUGAAGUUAAACUUUGGACAUUCCUAGAAGCCAGAGCAUCCCUUCUUUUGAAAACCUAUAAAACAACUGUGGAGGAUGAUAAGUCCUUCUUGGAGACCCACGACCUUACUUCACACGCGAUAAUGGCUAUCAAAUUGCGCUUAGGUGAAAAAGAGAUCUUGGAGAAAGCAGUAAAGAGCGCAGCUGCUAGCCGCGAGUACUAUACCAAACAAAUGGCAGAUGGAGCUCCGCUUCCUAGAUAUGAAGAGAGCAACAUUGCCUUGUUGGAGAACACUGUGGCAGACUCUAGACUCCCUAUUGUCUUGAGAAACCUAGAAGAUGUGGAAGAGCAAGGGGACUUAAAGAUUGAUGAAGCUAUUGAUGCUGAAGUCACAGAGAAUGGGUUUGUAAAUGGUGAAAACUCUCUAUUUAAUGGGACCAAAUCAGAAAGUGAAAAUCUAAAUAAAGAGAAAAGCAACAGAGAGACUGAAGAUGCCAAAGAAUCUUCUUCAGAAAGUACUGAUGAGGUUAAAGAAUAGUCCUAUAAUUUUACUUACUUAUGAAAUUAAAUUAGCUGAAGUUUA